GUUUGUUACUUUUGGUAUUUCAUGAAAGCUUUCGCCAUGGGAGAAGCUCAAGAAGUUCAACUGGAGAUCAUGGGAAAGGAAGCCAGGGAAGGAAACGCACUUCAUGAUGAGAAUACAAAUUGUAGCAAUCAAUCAAUAAUCACUCAACACAAAACUUACAAGUGGUGGCUCCUGAUGGCCAUCUUCGCACUUUUUCUCCUUGUUGGCCAGUCUGCGGCUAUACUGCUAGGAAGACUCUACUUUGACAAAGGAGGAAACAGCAAAUGGAUGGCAACACUUGUCCAACCUUGUGGCGUCCCAGUUCUCGUUCCGUUGUACUUCCUUUGGCGAGGAAAAGGUCCUGAGGAGAACAGUAGGAAUGAGAAUUCACCGUCUGUUUUAGUCCUUGUGGUGACCUAUGUCUCGCUUGGGGUGAUUAUAGCUGUGGACUGCUUUUUGUAUUCACUUGGUCUUUUAAAUCUUCCAGUCUCUACUUACUCCCUCAUAUGCGCCUCACAAUUAGCCUUCAAUGCUUUCUUCUCCUUCUUCCUUAAUUCACAGAAGUUCACUCCUUUUAUAAUCAAUUCUCUUGUCCUCCUCACAAUCUCCUCCAUCCUCCUUGUAUUCCAAAACGACUCUUCAAACUCAAAUGAUGUCUCUAAAGGAAAGUAUGCAAUUGGGUUCAUAUGCACCGUUGUUGCUUCUGCAGGGUAUGGCUUAUUGCUUUCCCUAAUACAAUUCGUCUUCCAAAAAGUCUUGAAAAGGGUAACACACAAGGCAAUCCUGGACAUGAUAAUAUACCCAUCAAUUGCUGCAACUUGUUUUGUCUUGGUGGGGCUCUUCGCUAGUGGAGAGUGGAAAAGUUUGAAAGGGGAGAUGGAAGAGUUCAAGUUAGGAAGAGUCUCCUAUCUCAUGACCUUGAUUUGGACUGCAAUAUGUUGGCAAGUUUUUUCCAUUGGUUCCGUGGGGUUGAUUUUUGAGGUUUCUGCACUCUUCUCCAAUGUCAUUAGUACUCUUGGAUUGCCGGUAGUGCCUGUCCUGGCCGUGGUCUUUUUCAACGACAAAAUGAAUGGAGUGAAGGUGAUGUCCAUGGUGUUGGCUAUGUGGGGCUUUGUUUCAUAUGUUUACCAGCACUACCUUGAUGACCACAAGUCCAAAACUAAAUCAAGUAAUCCCACAACAGAUCAGUUACUUCUGCCCAAGAGGCAGUCCCCAUGAAUUACAAUCCUUCACUUUCAAUGGAGUUACCAAAUGAAAUGAAAAAGAGAACUUAGCUUACUUAUUUAUUUAUUUAUUAUUAUGUUGUUAAAUAACUUCCAAUCAUAAGC